GUUGGAGUUGGGAGCGAGUCGGUGCGACAACUGCUCGCAGUAGCCGCGACUCUCGUAAGGAGGGCAACAUCAAGAAUACUUUGUAGCGACGGCCGUAACAUCUUGUUGAUUCGGCUCCGCCUGGCUAACCAACGUUCCGCUGUUGUCUGGAAACUUCACUCCCUGUUAUAAAAAACGCCCCACCGUGUUUUCGAGGAAGGCUGUGUGCAAUUGGGUCUGCUUAUUACCGACCUGGCUCCGCAAGGUUACGGCGUGGUAGCACGACGUGGGUCCUAAUGAGUGGCGUACCUUCCAUCCUAUGCAUUGCGCUAGAGUGGAUAACGUUACCCUCCUUUCAUGGCUAGAGCAGAGUUCCACUGAUCGAAACAACAGUCGCAACUACGAUGGUCAAGUGCGAGGCUAUCGAGGUCACGAUGGGGCCGGCACCGCGUUUCGGGAAGUAGCCCCCGCAAUUCGGAACCUUCAUCUAUAGCAGCAUCCGACCGGAGAUAUUCCGUUAAUCUUGCGCACACAUUUUGGUUCGUGCACUGGGAUCGAAUUUUUCCAUUUAGCGAUAUAGAGACUGUAGCUCUGGUGCUGGAAUUGACUGAGAAGCUGUCA